GUGUGGUGUAACCAAUGAAACAUUUGUGGAGACAGCUUCCUGUUUGGUGGUGUCAGUCUGAAGAGGACACUCAAUGAAAAGCUCCCACAGACAAGAGACUAGAGGACAACAAACAGCAGAUGGCUGAAGAGGACACAACUGAGACUCAACAGCGAUCAGAUGACAAGGGAGAGUCCGUUUGCCAGACCCCUAUCUCUGUGAUUGAGAUCCGUGACUCAUCAAAUGAUUUUGAUGAAGAGACCAGUGCUCAAAUGGAGAAGUCCUUCAUCUCUGGACUGCACUCCUAUAUGAGGGUCAGAGGGACACCCAUAGAGAGGAUUCCACAUUUGGGCUUUAAACAAAUUAACCUUUGGAUGAUCUACAAAGCUGUAGAGAAACUUGGGGGCUAUGAUUCAGUAACAACAAAACGUCUUUGGAAGAGAGUAUACGAUGAGCUGGGAGGAAGUCCAGGUAGCACCAGUGCAGCCACCUGUACUCGCAAGCAUUAUGAAAGGCUGGUCCUACCGUAUGAGAGACACCUCAAAGGAGAGGAGGACAAACCUCUGCCUCCCACCAAGCCACGAAAACCUUACAAGAGGAAUGCAGAUGGAAAAGUGGACAAGGCAGAGGGGAAAAAGAAAAGGAGUCACCUAGAUAGAGACACGGACUCUCAGCUGAGAAUACAGAGAAAUGAUCUGGUACUGCACCCUCUCCCCUCUAUGUGGACAAUUGCCUCUGACAAAGUAGACUCUAAGCCAAGCUCGGAUCUGAGUAUAUAUGGCCUGUCUCAUGUCCUACCAGUGCCUUCAACAUGUACCUGGACACCCCCUGUCCCUCCUGGAGCAGGGAUCUCCCCUCUGGAGAAGAAGAAACGAAUGGCUCAGGCCAGUCUCCACCUGCGGCUCAACCCACAGGGCGAGGAGUACCAGCGGCCGUCUGUCAUCCUGUGCUCCUCUCCAGGCCCAGCCUCUUCGGCCCGGGCCUCUUCUGAUGGUUCUCCACAGCCUCAGUCCUCCUCCUCCUCACGCAGCUCAUCUCCUCUGUCUGUUUCUUCAGAAGACAGUUCAGUCACUCAUCAGGACAAAACUUCACCAAGUUUACACUUACAACUAAACCGCUCGAGGGUCAAAAGUGUAUGUACAGAUGACAGAGAGAACCAGGAAUCUAAAGAAAUCACUGAUAAAACAGAGGGUAACUCACAACCAGUGAUCAAGCAUUUUGCAAAGGAUUUUGAAAAAGAUAAAAUUACUAACUGGAUGCCAGUUUACAAAGGAACACAUUUCACACCUUCUUUACACUCAUCAUCAUCCUUCCACGCUAAAUAUGAUUUAGCUGCUGCACCUAGCUCCAGUUUCUCCAAAGUGGUCCCAAAAACUGUACAGCCCCUGAGACCUGCUCCAAUUCGCUAUAAAAUUCACCAAACACGGCAAGUUCAAGAUGAUUCAGUGGCAAAGAAACUCAACGGCACAUCUCAGAGAACUAAUCAGACUGAAAAAUGGGAAAACUCCCAAUCAAGGCUCUGCAAGGUUCCACUAUCUCAGCAUAGUCUUCUGCAUAAUUUGCCUACAUCAUGUGUGGUGCCCAGUUACAACAAAUCAGAACGGGGCCACACUCGGCCUCACACAUCAUUUCACCCUGCAUUUCUCUCAAACAGAAUGAGACUGCCACAUGCUCAGCUAAUGUAUCGACAGGUACCAGGAAAUCCAGGACAUCCUGCUUUCAUUGGCCCUGUGUCUUAUCCAUUCUCCUAUCCCAUGUGUCACCCUGGAUAUACUCUACCUAAUGUGAUGCCUAUUUAUCCACAUAAACUUUGAUU